AUGAAUACAACACUCGGAGCUAUCCGCCGAUUCGGAACAUCACACACGAACCAGGCGGCCUUCUUUGCAAGAACACGCAUCACUCCGAACCUCAACACCACGCUUUCACCACCCCAGAACCUCAAUGCCAAAUCUGCCUUGUUCCUUGCCACUCCUUCCAGUUUGCCUAUUGCCAUCGAAAACGCCAUCAGUCUUCACCAAAUCGCCAAAAUGCAGGUUGUCGUUGCAGGCGUAGACUCUGUGGUGCCAAACGGCGUAAGAAGCGGGCUUUCAGAGCUCUGGUUGGACGAUUAUAUGGACAUCUCCGGACUGGUGCAUCUCAAAGAGAAGGACCACACACAUCCGCCUAGAGAAAGCGACGGCGUCCAUGUUGUGAGUGCAAGGGAGAAUUGGAAAACCAUAGAUGCUGUUUUGCGCCUCGGCGUGGGUUCGAACGAAAUCGUGGACUUGUCGUUGGCCAAUACUGCCUUUUCCACAAAUACGCUAGCCACGCUUUUCUACUUCCAGCCAAAGGAGCUACAGGAGAAGACCGGCGAAAAGAAUAUGGGAGAAACGCUUUGUGAGCUUACAGUGAAGCUUCCUCAGCUUGAGCCUGCGCUUUCUUCACCUCAGUCAAUAGACAGAUGGACACCCUUGAGCGAAGGUGACAAUUUGGAAAUCACCCAGUGUACGGGAAAUCUAGUGAAGAAGAUCAACAACGUUCCAGCGGCAAAAUUCCUCGAGAACAACGACGCCUUGAUGAGCCUCAAAAGCAAAGACACCAAGGUGUAUGUCAAGGUGCACCAGAAAACAGGCGUGAAGAAGUACGAGGUAAUUGCUGGAGGCGGUGGCUGGGGAGUCAAGGCCGAUCUUUUGGCUUUUUCACCCGAGGCCAAGCUCAAAAAAGGCGACAAGCUCGAGUUUUUCAUGGUUACGCCAGAAGACCGUUUCCUGGAUUUCAAGACGGCAGUCGUUUCGAACCAGAUUCUUUUCGAGUGCACGCCAGAGGAGACGCUGUACGAAGAGGCUCCCAAAGCUGAGCAGCUGGUGGACAAUUUGUUUGGCUGUGGCUGUGAACACGGCUUUUUGCAUAAUGGAGUGAACUGUAAGAGUCCUGGCGAGGCUCUCUCUUUCAAGUUUUGA